UCUGUAUUACUUUAACUCAUUGCCUUUUUGAAAAUGAUUCUCGUAUGGCUGAUAUUGGUGUCCAUACUUUUCAUUUAUCCUGCUGAUUCUAAAUUUUUCACACAUUGCAAUAAUGACGGGACUUGCGUUAAUGAGAAAUGGAGAAAUGGCACUCAUUACAACCUCACUUGUUUGAAUUGGAUGGAACUCGAGAGUGGCGAAGUAGAUACUUGUCCCAAGCCUUGGAAAUGCUGUCAUACGACGCAAUACGAAAAGAAGAUUCCAUAUCCAAAGGGCUAACCGUGAAGCCGUUAAUUUUAUAUCACCUAUAUGACAAAAUCACACAAACUGGUUUCUGAUUUUAUGACCCGUUAAAAAAUACAAAUCAAAACAAAAGGG